AUGAUCAUAAUUGAUGAUCUUUGCACAGAUUCACUUUCUCCAAAGAAACUUUUCGUUGCAUGUGACAUUGUUCUGGACGUACAACAAGCUCAUCAGAUCCAUGAGACUAUGCUACAGCAUGGACGACGUACGAAACGGAAAUUUAUCCGUUCCGAAUUACGUCGAUGGGAUUCGCACAAACCGAUAAUUUACAGUUUCGACGGGUCACAUACCGUACGUGAACAACGGGUAAUCGAGUUAGCGCUUGAACACUGGCAAAAUAUAACAUGUUUGAACUUUGAGCGCAGAGAUAAUGAAAUUGAAGAAAACCGAAUCGUUUUUACUGAUGUGGAUGGAUGCGCAUCCAAUGUUGGCAGACAUCCUCUUGGCGAGCCACAAUUUGUCUCAUUGGCACCGGAAUGCAUUCGACUAGGAGUGAUAGCACAUGAAGUGGCACAUGCGCUGGGUUUCUGGCAUGAACAAUCGCGACCUGAUCGUGAUAAUUACGUAACAGUUCGCUGGGAGAACAUCGAUCGUGAUAGCAAGGGACAAUUUCUGAAGGAACUGCCAGUUGACGUGGAUAAUGGUGGUGUACCCUAUGAUUAUGGCAGUAUUAUGCACUAUAGGAGUAAAGCAUUCGGUCGAUAUGAAGAUUUGUAUACACUGAACACGAACAUAGUGGAUUAUCAAAAGACCAUUGGACAGCGAGAUCAGUUAUCUUUCAACGACAUUCGUCUCAUGAAUGUGAUAUAUUGUAGCGAUUCAUGUACACAGAAAUUACCUUGUCAACGCGGAGGAUACACGGAUCCAAGGCGAUGCGAACGAUGUCGUUGUCCAGAUGGAUUCACUGGAAAACUUUGUGAACGGGUAAUGCCAGGAUUUGGAGCAGAUUGUGGUGGUCGUAUAGAACUGACUUCUAGUUGGAAGCGUAUUACAAGUCCAAAUUAUCCUAGAGAAUUUAAAGAGGGACAAGAAUGCAGCUGGCUUCUGGCAGCUCCACCUGGUCAGCAUGUACAACUACGCUUCUAUGGUGAAUUCGAGAUGUACUGCAAGGUGCGACAUUCGCUCUGCAUGGAUUAUGUCGAAAUACGUAAUUCAACUGAUUUCGCCAAUACAGGAAUGAGAUAUUGUUGUUACGGAACACCACAAUCAUCGAUCAUGUCAGCAACGGAGGAUAUGUUGGUGCUCUUCCGGUCAUUCUACCGCGGUGGCAAAGGUUUCCAGGCGCAAGUACGUGCGCUACCAACAACCGGUUCGUUCUUGGGGUGGUCCGAGUGGUCUGCGUGCAAUGAUGCAUCGUAUGGCGCCUGCGGUAUCAGGUACCGUCGACGUAUCUGUGUCGAUGGUGCCUGCAUGUUAGUUUAGAAGUCCUUUCCCCAUCACCUACUACAUCCACGCAUACAGUUGUUUCUAAACGAACAAACUUUU